CAGUCAGACACUCAGAGGGACUUGGCUCUCCUUUUGAAGACUUCUCAUCUACAGUUCUGUUCUGCUCAGCUAGUUGACAAUGCAGUCCAGGAAGGCAACCUCAUUGAUAGGCUACAACACUACCAGCAGGAGGUCAAUUCCCAGCUCAAACUCCUACUCUAUAAAGAGAACCACAUAUGGUGGUAUUGGGUCUGGUUUUGGUCCUAGUUCUGGGAUAUCUGCAUCGAGUAGUUAUGGCCUUUCUAGCCAACCAUUCAUCCCACCACCAAUCACUGCUGUCCAGGUCAACCAUAGCCUGCUGGCUCCUCUGAACCUGGAGAUCGAUCCAACCAUCCAGGCUGUCCGCACCCAGGAGAAGGAGCAGAUCAAGACCCUCAACAACCGCUUUGCCUCCUUUAUUGACAAGGUGCGUUUUCUGGAGCAGCAGAACAAGAUGCUGGAGACCAAGUGGAGCCUCCUGCAGCAACAGACCACCACCCGCUCCAACAUCGAUGGCAUGUUUGAGGCUUACAUUGCCAACCUACGCAGGCAGCUCGAUGGACUGGGCAAUGAGAAGGUCAAGCUCGAGGCAGAGCUCAGGAACAUGCAGGGCCUGGUUGAGGACUUCAAAAAUAAGUAUGAGGAUGAAAUCAACAAACGUGCAGCAGCAGAGAAUGAAUUUGUACUCCUGAAGAAGGAUGUUGAUGCUGCCUACAUGAACAAGGUGGAGCUGGAGGCCAAGGUUGAUGCUCUUCAGGAUGAGAUCAACUUCCUCAGAGCUAUCUACGAGGCUGAGCUUCAAGAGCUGCAGGGCCAGAUCAAGGACACCUCUGUCGUUGUGGAGAUGGAUAACAGUCGUAACCUUGACAUGGAUGCUAUUGUGGCUGAAGUGCGUGCUCAGUAUGAGGAUAUUGCCAACCGCAGCAGGGCUGAAGCUGAGAGCUGGUACAAACAGAAGUAUGAGGAGAUGCAGACAAAUGCUGGACAGUAUGGUGACGACCUGCGCACAACCAAAGCCGAGAUUGCAGAGUUGAACCGUAAGAUUGCCCGUCUUCAGAAUGAGAUUGAUGCCAUCAAAGCACAGAGGGCCAGCCUUGAGGCUCAGAUUGCAGAGGCUGAGGAGCGUGGUGAGCUGGCAGUGAAAGAUGCCAAGCUCCGCAUCAAGGACCUGGAGGAUGCUCUGCAGAAAGCCAAGCAGGACAUGGCCCGCCAGGUGCGCGAAUACCAGGAGCUCAUGAACGUCAAGCUGGCCCUGGAUAUCGAAAUCGCUACCUACAGGAAACUGCUGGAAGGAGAGGAGUCCAGACUGGCCAGCGGAGGUGCCAGUGCAACCAUCCAUGUGCAGCAGAGCAGCGGAGGUGGAUUGUCCACUGCCUAUGGGGGUUAUGGUGCUCCAGUCACCAAGUCCACGAUGCAGUCAGUCAGUACCAGGAGAUACUUCUGAAGUCAUUCAAAAAAAAAGGAGAGCCAUCCCCCAUGUCCCUUCAUAAACUCUUGAAUUUGGUCUAAAUCUCUAGCCUUUUUAUGGUGCUAUUCAAUGCUGUUAAACAUGUUCAACCAGAGAGCUGAAUAUCCCAAAAAUCAGUGAUUCCUGACAUGGCAACUUUUGACUUUGUUCUGUUCAAUAACAUGUAAGAGGAGUUUUUGAAAAGAAUAUUAGCCUUAAACACACGAGGGCCAGGUCAGUUAGCAAGGGAUCAUUUCUUUUCUUUCUGCACUGACAUCCUAUGAAAAAAAAAGCAAAAAAAAUU